AAAUCCAAUCAAUUAUAUAAAUCCCUAUUCACUUUUAUUCUUAUACACAAACCCCAGACCAAGCUUCACUCCCCCACUUUACUGACAAUGGAACUCCGCAGUACUCUCUUCCUCUCUCUCCUCCUCACUCUUUCCUUCGUCGCCAUCGCCGUACCUUCUGAUUCGGAUCCAGAUUGCGUGUACACCAUCUAUAUUCGAACCGGGUCGGUUCUAAAGGGAGGUACGGACUCAAAAAUGACGGUCAGACUCUACGAUUCAAAUGGGUACGGGGUCGAGAUCAGUGAUCUGGAGUCCUGGGGCGGGUUGAUGGGUCCCGGAUACAACUACUUUGAGAGAGGCAAUCUCGACAUUUUCAGCGGACGUGGUCCUUGCUUGACCGCCCCGAUCUGCGCUCUGAACCUGACCUCCGACGGGACGGGUCCUCACCACGGGUGGUACUGCAACUACCUGGAGGUCACAACCACAGGGGCUCACAUCGAUUGUAAACAGCAGCUCUUUACGAUAGAGCAGUGGCUCGCCACCGAUACGUCGCCGUAUGAGCUGACCGCUAUCCGAAACUACUGCCCCAACGAUUACGACAGCCUUCGACGUGAGAUCAAGACCACCGCUCAUCAUUCUCAUCAUGCUUUGACUUCCGUUGUAUGAGCUGGAAAUAUAUAAGGGGUGUGUUUGGACGUGGCGUUAGUGUAGGCCAGUUUGAGAGUAAAUUAUUACAACUGAUCUUGGUUGUGUUGUUAUGGAUAGUUGGGUUAAUGUUAUUCUUGGUUUGGAUUAGAGACCCGAAAUUGGCUUCUCUUUUCUCUUUUCUUUUUUUUUUUUUUAACUUUGAGAUGGUCCAGAUGGAUCUGAGUUGUGUAAUUUCCGAUCCCGAAAAAGAGAAAAAAUUAAUAAUGAAUAAAGUGGAAUUUGUGGGUUUUGUUGUAUUAAACCUGUACUCGGCUAUUUUGGGUCUGAUAAAAUGUGUAAAAUAAAUGGAGGCAGUUUUGGACUGGUGGAA